UGCCAUGGGAGAGAGAGGGGGAGAGGGCUGAAGAGGAGGAGAGUGGAACAGGGUCGAAAAGGAGAAAGAUGAAGGCUCCCACAUUAGCUGAAUUGACAAUUGAAGACGAGGAGCUGAGGCGGCUGAGGAGAAUGGGGAUGUUUCUCAGAGAGCGGAUUAACAUACCCAAAGCCGGGAUUACGCAGGCUGUGCUAGAGAAGAUUCAUGGGAAAUGGAGGAAGGAGGAGUUGGUAAGGCUUAAAUUUCAUGAGGAGCUUGCGCAUGAUAUGAAGACAGCACACGAGAUUGUAGAGCGACGAACCGGAGGAUUGGUUUUAUGGAGAGCAGGAAGUGUUAUGGUAGUUUACCGUGGUAGUAACUAUGAAGGUCCUUCUAAAACUAAACCCAUUGCAAAGGAGGGGGAUGCCGUAUUCAUCCCAGAUGUUUCUUCUGCUGCCGUUUCCACAAUGAGUGGCAAUGUUUCAGCUUCAGCACCUGAGAAGACUAAGUUGCCUAUUGGGGCUCCAAAGUCUUAUGAGGGGGGCAUGUCAGAGGAAGAGGCUGAAUACAACCAAUUACUAGAUGGUUUAGGUCCUCGUUUUGUUGAAUGGUGGGGCACAGGAGUUCUUCCUGUGGAUGCCGAUCAGCUUCGUCCAAGUAUUCCGGGUUAUAAAACUCCUUUCAGGCUUCUUCCAACUGGAAUGCGGUCUCGACUAACUAAUGCAGAGAUGACUCAGUUGAGGAAAGUUGCAAAAUCCUUGCCUUGUCAUUUUGCCCUCGGGAGAAACAGGAACCAUCAGGGCUUGGCAGUUGCUAUACUUAAACUUUGGGAAAAAAGCCUAGUCGUUAAAAUUGCUGUCAAAAGAGGUAUCCAGAAUACCAAUAAUAAACUCAUGGCUGAGGAGAUAAGGAACUUAACAGGAGGUGUGUUACUAUUGAGAAAUAAAUAUUUCAUCGUCAUAUACCGUGGAAAGGAUUUUCUCCCAACAAGUGUAGCUGCAGCUUUGGCAGAAAGGCAGGAAUUAACAAAACAGAUUCAAGAUGUGGAAGAGCAAGUUCGAAGUAAAGUGGUUGAGGCUACUUCAUCAAGCAAUGAUGGACAGGCACCUGCAGGUACUUUGGCCGAAUUCUACGAGGCUCAGUCCAGGUGGGGAAGGGAAAUAUCUGCCGAAGAGCGUGAAAAAAUGAUCGAAGAAAGCUCCAAAGCAAAAACUGCAAGACUUGUCAGACGAAUUGAACAUAAGCUAGGCGUUGCCCAAGCAAAGAAACUUAGAGCAGAAAAAUUACUAUCGAAAAUCGAAGCGUCCAUGGUUCUUUCUGCCCCUGAUGAUGACCAAGAAACAAUAACAGAUGAGGAACGGGUCAUGUUUCGGAAGGUUGGGUUACGAAUGAAUGCAUAUUUACCUAUGGGCAUUCGUGGUGUAUUUGAUGGUGUUGUUGAAAACAUGCAUUUACAUUGGAAGCAUAGGGAACUCGUGAAGUUAAUUAGCAAGCAAAAGACACUUGCUUUUGUGGAAGAAACGGCAAGGUUGUUAGAGUAUGAGAGUGGUGGAAUACUAGUUUCAAUAGAUAGAGUUCCAAAAGGAUAUGCACUUAUUUACUAUCGUGGAAAGAAUUAUCGUCGACCCAUCGCCUUGAGGCCAAGAAACUUGCUCACAAAGGCAAAAGCUUUAAAGCGUUCAGUUGCCCUACAGCGUCACGAGGCUCUCAGUCAGCAUAUAUCUGAACUCGAGAAGAACAUAGAGCAAAUGAAGAAAGAAAUUGGUGUCACUGAAGAUUCAGAGGAUGAGAGUAACUGGUCGUCUCAGGAUGAACCUGUCUCAGAAUCUUUCCAAGACGAGGAAGCAUCUUUGUACGCAUUUUCAGAUGGUGACAAUGACGAAGUUAGUGAGUGGGAAGAGGAUGAAGAAUCUGAUUUUGCCGACUCAGAAAGCACUGAUGAUCCAUCAAACUAGGCUGGGAGAGCAUUUCCAAUUUGUGAACAGAUGGAGUGUUCUUAUUGCCAUUGCAUAUUUCAGGUCGAACAUGCGGAAUGCGAACAACCUGCACCGAUGUCUGCCUAAGUCGACCUGAAAAUCUCCGUUGCCGUUUAUCGUUGAAAGCUGUGCGCAAAAAUUUACCUGAUGGGUAACGUACAAGAAGCACUCGGUCACUUGCUUCAAGUUCAAGCUCAUAUGGGUAUGAUCUAUUUUUCUGGAGUGAGUCAUGGGUACCUCUGGGUUGCUGUGGAGACAUUAUUCUUAUUCUUGUAACAAAUCCCAGUCUUCCAUUCUUCCUUUUUAUUAUUUUUCAUGUAAAUUCGAUUUGGAUAACUUCCCUCUUUUGAAGCUCAUAUAAUGUACUCUCUACUUCUUUACAAA